AAAAUGGAAUCUUCUUGGGAAGAAUUCAAACUUUGCAUUAAAGUGCAAACCGAGACCCUUUUUCUCAAGGACAUGAAAGGAGAAUAUGAUUUUACGAAAUGGCUUUCUCCUCCCAUCAUGCAAUUUGUCUUCACCAAGGAGCUUACAUCCCUACAGAGCGUUCUGCAGAUGCGUGGCUAUGUUUUGGAAUAUGAUGGAAAGCAAACUGAAGUGCUGCACAUUUCAAGAAAUAAGCUGAUAACCCUUCAAUGGGUGUCAAAUGAUAUAUGUAAUGUGAUGUCAGGAUUCAUAAGUAGAUACGACGCACGGCCAAUUUUAUUGCCUGUAGAUUUGGGUAAAAUUAAAUUUAAGAAACUGCCACUGGAGAAUGUUUUGGUUACCCGGCACGAGACGAGGAACUGUUACUGGUUGAGUGGAGCGGAGGAGGAUGUUGACAAGGCAUAUAGCAUUGUUCAGAGCCACCAUCCAUCUCUCUGGGCUUUACCUGGUGGCGUAUCAUUUAAGACUGAAAAUGAAUGGACAAACAUCGAAAUAUCAAUCACGUUAGAGGACAUUGUCCAGCCAUGUCGACUUAUAAUUGAACCAUCUCCCUACAUUUCUCGUCCUAAACUCCAUUUUGCUGAUAUAAGACAGCCCAUUAACAAAGCUCUGAAGUCCGGCGAAGGCCAAACUCCACCAGAAAAAGUAGAUCAACUAGAAUCUCUCAUUGUUGAAACAAUCAACUCUUUAGUUAAGGUCACAUCAAAAUUAGAUGCACGAGCCAUUAAAGUUACCAAUCGUGCAGAUGAUACAGAUGCGAGACGUCCUCAAUCGUAUGGCAACGUUAGCUGUUACUGGGAAGAAGAUUCUUUAGUUGUCUGGGUAACAGGAACAAGAGUCGACGUCACUUCCGGCUUUGAAAAUAUUCAGCUUUUUAUAGAAAAUGGCACAAAGCUUCCAGAGCCAAAAACAAAAGAUAUCAUAGAGGAAGUGAACGAGGAACAUGCUCAUGAGGAAAAGACAGGGGAUGUGGAAGAAGUAAACAUAAGCGAAAUGAAAUCAGCUGAGGGGAUAACCAUCAAAAUAUACUGUGGAGACAUCACAAAGUUAUCGGUAGAGUGUAUAGUAAAUGCCGCUAACGAACACCUCGCCCACGCUGGAGGGGUAGCAAGGGCCAUAGCAAAGGCAGCCGGGCCAGACUUUGAGAGGGAGGGUAAGGAAUACGUAAAGAGACACGGUCCCCUGUCGGUCGGAACCUGCUGUGUGACGUCAGCGGGUAGACUUUCCUACAAACACGUUAUCCACACUGUUGGUCCCACGUGGGGCGACUACAAAAAUAAGGAGAAAAAGUACUGCUUUAGUGACCUUCAGGAGGCGGUAGAGGUCACGUUCAGAAGGGCUGACAAAUUAAAGCUCACAUCAAUCGCUAUCCCAGCAAUCAGUUCUGGAAUAUUUGGUGUGCCUAAGGAAAGUUGCGUUGAACAAUAUUGCAAGGCAGUCGACUCCUUUGGCAAACAGUUUCCAGAUACAAGUCUUCAAGAAAUUCAUUUUGUUGAUAUAGACAGUCAAAUGGUAAGUCUUAUUGGGUCUGCCUUUGAGAAACACUUUGGAACAAAAUUGGUAACAAGAACGGUAUCUCUGCCUGUCCGCCGGAAGUCCCACAAUGACCGAGGCGGAGAGAGGCGAAGCAGAAGUCAGAGCCCUGAAGACAAAGAAGAGAAGAGCGUUGUGUUUGAUAUAACAGAUACAACAAGUCUCUCUGUAAAGAUCGGAGAUAUCGCUUCCUAUCAAGGUUCAGCCAUAGUAUGUCCACAGGAUAAGAAAUGCAAAUCUAGAGGACAGAUUGCAAAAGCCAUUACCGAGAAACUGGAAAAUAUGGAGCUUGAGAUGCCAAGUAUUAAAACUCAAGAAGAACACUGUUUUGGGAAAGUCAUUCCAGUGAAGCAGGGAAAGCUGUCUUUGCCUUGGGAAUACAUUUUUCAUGCUGUAUGCCCAAGAAAAAGUAAGGAAGAAUCGUCACGUCAGUUUGAACAAGACCUGAAAGAGACCAUCAGGAAUGUGUUCGAGGAAGCUAAAAAACACAGCCUACAGAGCCUAGUGAGUCCUCUCCUUGGAGCAGGUGUUUCGACUUUAGAUGGCCUAGAUGAAACUUGUGCCAAGUGUCUUGUUGACGUUGUAAAGGAUUUGAAGAAAGGGACCUGUCCUCUGAAGAACAUCUGCGUUGUUGUUGCCUCUUUACCAAUUUUCAACACUCUAAAAAGCUCGCUCAUUGACGCAGGUUUCUCCAUCAAGAGUGCAUCUAAAUCUGACUGCUGGAAAUAUUCCCACGACGCAAGACCAAAACCUAGAUCAAGCUACUGCACAACAAAAGCGGGAUACCGUACUUGUUGUCCAUUUCAGCGAAAAGAUUCUCCUGUGAAAAAAACAAAAUUCAAAACGGCGGAGAAAUGUGAUAUUUGCGCAGAGAGGGUACAUAAUCCUAAAACACUUGACAAGUGUGGCCACGUGUUCUGCACCAGAUGCAUCGAUCGUCAUUUCUUAUAUCACUCAGAAUGUCCAACUUGUGGCAAGAAAUAUGAAAUGGUAAAAAGAGGUCAGCCCUUUGGAGUAAUGGAAAUCUCACAGAAUCCAAAUAAGUUAGCUGGUUAUGAACAAUCUGAUGGAACUAUCGUCAUCAAAUAUACAUUCAAAGAAGGUUAUCAGACGUCUUUACAUCCUUCCCCUGGCAAUAAGUACGCUGGAAUCUCUCAUACAGCGUACAUUCCAAACACUGCAAAAGGAAAACUAGUGGCGCGGCUCCUCAAUGUGGCCUUCAGCAGACAUCUCCUGUUUAGAGUGGCGCCGUCCUCCACAAAGUCCACAGAUGGUAUUAUUGUGUGGAAUGGUGUUCGCCACAAAACUAGCAUACACGGAGGAGAAAACGGUAAUGGAUACCCGGACAGUUCUUACUUGGAUCGCGUGCUGGACGAGUUGUACGCCAAGGGAGUGACCCCAGAGAACAGCAGACAACUCACCGAGUACCAGGAAUUCUCUCGCUGUUUCAAAGACUAGCAAUAUUUUUUUUAUUGUUCAUUCAAAUAUUACAUCCUUUGAUUUCGUUGUUUUUCUUGUCAACUGUUUGGGUUUUUUUUUAAGUUUGCAUUGUAUUUA